UGUGAAACACAUUGUUCAUUUCCACUCUCUCCUAUCCAAUGGCGUUCUCUGCUCUGACAUCGCGUAGCCCCGCUCUUCUUCGCCUUCCCAACCACUCGCCGUCCGUCGCCGGACAUCAAAGCUCGGCAUCUCUCCGGUUUUCGAGAUCGAAUAUCGGCCGUCGAUUGUCUUUUUCAGUUCGAUCAUCCUCAACUCCAGUGGCGGUGCCUCCUGUGGAGGGGUUGAGUCCAGCUAUUUCGCUGACAGAGAAUGCACUGAAGCAUUUGAAUAAAAUGAGAUUUGAGCGUAGUGAGGAUUUGUGCUUAAGAAUUGGAGUUAAACAGGGUGGAUGCUCAGGCAUGUCGUACACAAUGGAAUUUGAGAGCAGAGCAAAUGCGAGACCUGACGAUUCAGUUAUGGAAUAUGAUGGUUUUGUAAUUGUUUGUGAUCCAAAGAGCCUCCUCUUUUUAUUUGGAAUGCAAUUGGAUUACAGUGAUGCUCUCAUUGGUGGAGGCUUCUCUUUCAAGAACCCAAACGCUACUCAAACUUGCGGUUGCGGUAAAUCCUUUGCAGCUGAGAUGUGAAAUCAUAUAGUUUAUACAAACACAAUUUAAGUAUUCAACAUAUUACUAGUAGCUUGUGUACAAAGGAAACUCCUAAGAAUUUAGUAUAAUUACAUGAUUCUAAUA